AUGCGCCUCUCAGAGCACACACUCAGCGGCGACCUCGUCUUUCGCGAGUGCUCCGCUGACGAUGUCCCGGCCUACGCCAUCCUGUCGCACACCUCGCUGGCAAAUAACAAGGAAGAGCUCAGUUUUCAAGAUAUAGAGGCAGGGACUGGCAAGAGCAAGGCAGGAUGGAAGAAGAUUAGGUUCUGCGCCGACAAGGCUGCCGCCGACGGGCUUCGUUACUUCUGGAUAGACACCUGCUGCGUUGACAAGAAGAAUAACACCGAGCUCUCCAAAGCCAUCAACUCCAAGUUCCGCUGGUACCAGAAGACCGCUCGGCGUUAUAUGUACCUGUCAGAUGUAUCGAUAAAUGAUGGUAAAGACACGCCUCAUCCGGGCACCUUUCCCUGGGAAGCGACCUUCGAGAAAAGUCGAUGGUUCACGCGAGGUGGACGCUUCAGGAGCUUCUUGCACCGACGCUGGUGGACUUCUUCAGUUUGGAAGGUGACCAAUUGGGGAGCAAGCUGA